AUGAAAUUUGAUCAUGUGACACUACGGGAAGUAGUGUCCGAUUUGUUCACAUGUUCAUCAACGCCCAGAAAACACAUCUCGACGGAUCAUUUCAGCCUUUCAAAGAAUAAAUUCCAGAAACCCGUGGUGAUUUCACAGCAUGAGAGUCUCUUCAGAAGUAAAGGACACAAUCUGAUGGACGCCACUGGACGACUGCAGGAGAUGAUCUGCCCUCAACAUGGUAAAAUACUGGAGAUUUACUGCCGUACCGACCAGCGAUGUAUCUGUAUGCUGUGUUUCAUGGAUGAACACAGGAAUCAUGACACUGUAUCAACUGCAGCAGCGAGGAAAGAGAAACAGAGACAUUUUGAAGAAACGCAGGGAAACAUCCAGACGAGAAUCCAGCAGAGAGAGAAAGAUCUCCAGGAGCUGAUGGAGGCUGUGGAGUCUCAUAAGCGCUCUGCACAGACGGCAGUGGACGACAGUGAGAGGAUCUUCACUGAGCUCAUCCGCUCCAUUGAGAGACGUCACUCAGAGGUGACUCAGCUGAUCAGAGAUCAGGAACGAUCUGCAGUGAGUCGAGCUGAAGAACGACUGGAGCAACUGAUACAGGAGAUCGAUGAUCUAAGGAGGAUUAACACUGAGCUGGAGGAUCUUUCACACACACACGAUCAUGUUCAUUUCCUCCAGAGUUUGCCGUCUCUCUGUCUCUCUGGAAACACAGAUGGCUUCAGUAUCAGUUCUCAUCUGUCUUUUGACAACAUAGUGAAAUCAGUCUCUCAACUCAGAGACAAAGUUCUGCAGUUCUGCACAGAGACUAUAGAAAAGUCAUAUAGAAUAGUGAAAUCCAUCCAGGAUUUGGGUGUCCCUGAAUAUCAGACCAGAGAAGAGUUUCUUCAAUAUUCCCAUCUGUUGACUCUGGAUCUGAACUCGGUGAAUAAUUUGCUCCGUCUGUCUGAGGAAAACACAGUGAUCACUGUCACUGACACACGUCAGCCGUAUCCUGAUCAUCCAGACAGAUUUGAUUAUUGGUGUCAGGCGAUGUGUAAAGAGAGUGUGACUGGACGCUGUUACUGGGAGGUGGAGUGGGCUGGAGAUGGGAAAUUAGGAGUGGUUAUAGGAGUGACGUAUAAGAGCAUCAGCAGGAAGGGAAAUGGUCCUGAAAGUAUAGCUGGGUUUUAUGAUCAAUCGUGUAGUUUGUACUGCACUCCCACUUUUUGCUCAUUCUGUCACAAUAACAUUGAGACGGUUCUUCCUGUAGUGUCCAGCAGUAGAAUAGGAGUGUAUGUGGAUCACAGAGCAGGGGUUUUGUCCUUCUACAGCGUCUCGGACACAAUGAGUCUCAUCCACAGAGUCCAGGCCACAUUCACUCAGCCGCUCUAUGCCGUGUUUGGAUUAGAUAGAAACUCAAGGGUGAAAUUGUGUCAUCUUACCAUACCUCUUUAAAAAAUAUCUAAAUAAAAUAUAAAAUAUAUCCAUAUCUAAUUAAAUCAUAUCCACAAGUUUCCGAGG